CGCCGACAGACUCCGGUGAUGUAGACGGGACUCCGCAGCCAUCCUUCAAAUCGGAGGCGCCUUCGCCCAGCUCGGACCACGACAGCGCAACUGGUGGACCUACUCUUGCCUUCUCUGCGGACCCAACCAUGUUGCAGGUUGGGACCAGCCUGUUGAACGACCGUCGGCACAGUGCCCCGCAGAUCCUUUCUUCUCUCGCACCUCAAGCGAUGGAGACUCGCCGGCACAGCAUGGCAGAUAUCAUGGAUGGCCAGCAACAGUACCUUCACAGCUCGAACCUGCAGAAUGAGCACCAUCUACAUGGGCAUGAUCAUGGCAUCAGCUCCGACAACGGCGCACUCGGCCUUUCCCUGAGCCAGCUCAAUCAUGGAUGCGUCGAGUCUAACACACGGUCCUCAACGCCGAGCGAUUUUCUUUAUCCACACGUGCAGUCGCACUCUGUGCAGCACAGUCCUGGAUUUCCAGGAUAUUCACCCGCGGGUCAUGUCUCGGUCAUCCCAAAUAUCAGCAGUGGAAGUGUGUCAUCACGUCCCUCGACAGCCGCUAGCUCGCUCUCACUUUCUCACUCCCUUCGUCGGACAUCUGCGAGCUCGCGACCCUCGACUGCUGGAUCUUAUGUGGGCACGGGAGUGGGUAUCGGAGUAGGUGCAUCGGCAACGGGUCAUCAGUAUUUGCACCGCCCCGCGAGCUCUGGAAGCGUCUCAGGAACGGGUGAAUAUCCCCCAGUCGGAAUCUCCCCAUUUUCAUUCCAACUCGGUCGUAAUCCCGGCGACGUAUCGCUUGACGCAGCAAAUGCAAUGGAUGGAUACACAAGCGCGUGUAUUUCACGCCCCUCGACUGCGAACUCUGCACCGUCUGCUGCGCCGUCUCCCUAUAUGCGACAUGGGGCGAUGCCACUAGACCCCUCGCGCGGAAUAGGCGUUGAUCGAUGGCACGCAUCACCACUACUCGGUCAGACCCCGCUCGCGCAGCCCCAGCCUCAAGCGGUAGAUGGAUCUGGGUUGGGUGGAUAUUUUCAACAGAUGAUGUCCUCUCCGCCGCAGCAUUCGCGGACGCACUCGCCAGCGUGGUGAACUGGAUUAAACCUCGACCCGAUUCUAUGCACUACCUGCGCAGUUACAUGUGAAUCAACGUAACGAACUCACGAUUCCAACCAAACUACGUUAAUAUUUGGUCCGCUUAAUCGACUUCAUGAAGGCACCCCGAAUUGUGCCAGAACCACCAGCAAGUUAACACAGAAUUCUGCAGGAUCCUUCCA